AUGACGACCUUCCAGCGUCACUAAAUUCUUUCUAACGUUUGUGAACCUCGCCUACUUUGUGAGCAAACAAAUUAGCUGUUUUCGCCAGAAUCAAGAGCAAUUUACAACAUCAGCGGCUUUUAUUGAUCCAGCUAUAUAAUUGAAGGUGAUAAUGAGAUUAAAGCGCUGAUUCUUGUUUAACCUUUGUGUGCUUUCACCACUGAAGCUAUAAGGUGUUGUGAGAUAGUUGCGCCUGUCGAACGUUUCAUUUCAGUGUGAUAAUUUUUUAAGGUGUCUAGCUAAGGAUAAUUCACUCUGCGAAUCUUAUACGAUGCAACGCGAGACGGAAGCAGGUGCGACAUGGAUGUUUUGGAGAAAACGGCGGUACGUCAUGGCACUGAUGGGUUUCUGUGGAUUCUUCAUGUCGUACGUCCUCCGCGUGAACCUGAGCAUCGCCAUAGUCAAGAUGUUGGCGAAUCAUACGAUGGUCGAUGACAACGGAACCGUCAGCUAUUAUCGAGAAUUUGACUGGGACUCGAGGCUUCAGGGUCACGUCCUCAGCUCGUUCUUCUACGGCUACAUGUGCACUCCGUUGCUGGGCGGCUGGUUAGCCGCGCGAAUCGGUGGAAAACGCGUCUUUGGUAUUGGUAUCGCCGCCACUUCUUUCUUCACUGUGUUGACACCUCCUAUGACUCGGUACAGUGUUUAUCUACUCAUAGCUGUUCGGGUGAUCGAGGGCCUUUUCGAGGGUGUGACGUACCCAGCGAUCAACGCACUGGUGGCCAACUGGGCUCCACCUCUGGAACGUUCACGGUUGGCGACGAUCACGUUCGCGGGAAGUUUCUUAGGGACUGUACUCGCGAUGCCAGUUUGUGGACUUAUGGCCGAAAGAUUAGGUUGGGCCAGUCUAUUCUACGUCUUUGGAUCCGUAGGCUUGAUUUGGUACUUAAUCUGGUGUAUAUUCAUUAGAGAUCGUCCAGAGGAUGAUCCGCGAAUCAGCGAAGCUGAGCUGAAGUAUAUCCGAGAUAGUCUUGGAUCGGAAAGUGAACAAUCGCAGCACAUAAGUCACCCAUGGCGUCAGAUGCUCCUGUCGCCUGUGGUCUGGGCUAUCAUCAUUGCCCACUUCAGCGAGAACUGGGGCUUCUACACCAUGAUCACCCAGUUGCCGACCUUCAUGAACGAUGGUCUGGACUUCACAUUGGAAACAGCUGGUUUUCUGUCGGCACUACCUUACCUACUUCUGUCUCUAGUAAUGCUGGUGUCUGGUCAGUUAGCUGAUUGGUUGCAAAGUCGGGGAACUCUUACCACGACUCAGGUGCGCAAACUCUUCAACUGCGGUGCUUUCGCUGCCCAGACGAUUUUCAUGGCAGCUACAGCCUAUUACAUGACACCCGUAAUUGCGAUAAGUUGUAUCACUGCUGCCAUCGGACUUGGAGGCUUUGCCUGGUCCGGGUUCAGUGUCAAUUAUCUGGAUAUCGCGCCAAAACACGCAAGCGUGCUCUGGGGCAUGGGCAACACUGUGGCGACGCUUCCUGGGAUCCUCAGCCCUGUCAUCACCGGUUAUUUGGUUCCAAACAAGACUCCCGACGAGUGGCGUAUCGUCUUCAUUAUAGCCAGUGUUAUUUACCUGGUGGGUGCACUGAUUUACGGAAUCUUUACAUCCGGUGAAGAACAGCCUUGGGCCAAAGACAACGAUAAAGAGAAUCGGUGUCGUUACGAUAAUCCAGCCGUGGAAUUAGGCAACCCAUGACGUGAUAGUCGAUAGUAUUAAUAUUGAAAUUUUAAUUCGUACAAACUGUCGAGUGUCUGAUAUGCAAUGUUCGCUGUUCUAUUCAAGUUUGCGCUAGAAUUAUUUAUAACUAUCGAAUAAGCAUCAAAAUUAUAUGGAUUCGGAUGCCGUUAGCUAUAAAGUAACAAGUUACUGCGAGCUUGUUACAGUUUAUCGUCGUAAUUAAUUCAGAUCUACAGUCCAUCCCGUUAAUUUAAUCGCGAAACUUAACUUCCUCGUUACUUUGCAUACGACCCGUCGGUGUGCCAUUAGGCGAUAAAGACGUUUUCAAAACUUGUUGGUUAAUAACGAUAAUGGUCGUCUAUACUUGAUCAAAUGAUUUUGAACACAUCAUAAGCUUUUCUGCUAUUGAUACUCGAUAAAUAAAAGCUUUGCUCGUAUUCAAUUGCUGAUUUGGCCAAUUAUUUAUCAAACUCGUACUAAAUGAAAUCCGACGCAUUCGUUAAUUGUAAAAAUAAUUUAUUCAGUUACACCUACAACUAAAAGUCGUGCGCUUAUUCUCGCGAUUUGUCUCGUACAUAUGGAAAGCUGCAAGCGUGAACGUGUACAAUAUUUUAAAAAACAAUAGGCUAACAAUGAAAAAUCAAUAAAUUAAUAACAAUACAAAGAAUCAUCCCUUACAAAAUAUCCUUUAUAAAAUCAAGGAUUAAAAUAAAAAAAAAGAAUAAGCGUAUGUAAGCUGCGCUUUGGUGGCCCUUGUUGCUUUCAACUUGGUAUCAUCGAUGCAAAGCACCCCAACCGAUUGUGUAGUUGCGCGAGGCUCGUCCCAUCCUCCGAAGUCGACCUGCGAAAAGAUAAUAGACGGAGUUUUUGAUCAAAAAUCACCCCGAAUAAGAACUUGAACUUGAACAAAAUGUCAACUUCAAUCCUUUUAAGAAAAUCUGCUAACUAUAAACUAUAGUAUAUUUUUAUACAAAAGAAAAAAUGAAAAUUCGUGUAGUAACCUAAUACAAAACAAACAAAAAUUGGUAAAAUUGUAUUCUUUUUAUAACUAAUUCAAGCAUUUUCAAACCAAACAAAAAGCCAUCUACUGUUCGACCUUCAGAAGACUGCACAGUUGAAAGUGUAGAACCUGAAAAAUUGCUAAAAUACGCUGAUUAUUUUAAUUUUAAUUCUGAAAGCACAAAAUCUUGAAUUAAUAUAACAGAGCCUCCCAUAAACAAUCCUUUGGUUUUUAGUACUUUUUCCAACCUCAAUAUCGUUUGUUUAAUUUCGCUUUCUUCAAUUUCCCCUUUGCUCUUCGUUCUCUUUACACUUGAAUUUGUAUCGACUCCUUCCUCAAAGGAUUCUGGUGAUUGUAUUUAUAUCUGGACAUAAGUUAUUAGAGUCCAACGCAUAUUUAAAGAAUCAUUUCAUAAGUCUAAUAUUAAUUUGUAUAGCAAAUAAUAUUCACAUAUUCCUGAAACAGCUGAUAAAAGUUAAGCCUGAUUAAAAAGGAUAAGAAACUUUGGAAAUGACUUUUUAUAAGUAUUAUAAAAUUCAAAUGUAUUAUUAGAUCUACCAGGAAGGGUAACAACGAUUAGAAUAAAAUUGAAAAAAAAAACAAGUUUGAAUAAUGUAUUUAAUUUUUUUUUUUGUAUAUUUGUGUACUUUUGACUAAAACAAUUACAUACAGUGCAGUUUACAUUAUAGCUUUGGUUAGUCCUUGUAAUUUCUGCAAAGUUAUAUGAAUAGGCCAUAUUUCAAUGUGUUUGUCUUUCAUUGUGUGAAAAAAUUGUCCUCAAAUAUUGGAAGAAAAAAAAGAAGUAAACAACAAAUAAUCUACACGACAUGAACAACGUAUACGUUUAUUCUGCGAUAAAAGUGUUAUAAAAUGUUUUCUUUCCUCGGAUUAUAAUAUAAUCUUCACGCAAUGUAAAGUAUAGACGUAUAGACAAUUCUCUCGCUUGAAUAAUAGUACUAAUAAUAGUAAUAAUAAUAAUCAUAAUCAUAAUCAUAGUCAUAA